AGUAAUGGCAGACGGUGUUGAACUGGCGGCUGUAAUAAGGUUGAUGAAAACAGUGAUGGUGCCACCGGAUAAGAACUGCUCUGAACGAGUUGACACACCGUCAGCUCGGGAAUUUCUUACAAAUCUCGAACCCUUCCAAGUAGUUCUGCUAGUCAUAGCUGCAGCUUUCACAACCGUCGUAUACUUACUAGCAUUUGUACAUUGGUAUUAUGUCUACUCGUUCGUUUCAAUUGAAACAAGAAGAAAUAAACUUUAUUGGCUGGUCACAUUGUUUCCAGUCUCAACGGGUUGCUGUCUGAUUGGAAUGCUUGCACCGAGGACAUCGUUAAUAAUGACAGCACUUGGCAUUUUAUACUAUCUCAUGUGUCUGUUCGUCAUUGUAUCGCUGUGCAGGCAUUUGUUUGGUGGUAGAUCAUCAUUUUCGAACAGUCUCCAGUUUGAGUCAAGGCCGAUAGAUUUCCGAAGUCCACCGUUCUGCUGCCUAAUCCCGUACCUACCUACAGCAGAAUCGUCAGAGAAAAACAUACGUCGUUUGGAAUGGUUAGUCCUACAAGCACCUGUGGUUCGUGCAUUGAUCAUCGUGAGCGAUAUAAUCGCUGUGGCUGAAAUGCGAGAUGGUGCAAAAAUAUUCCUUCGUUAUUCGGAGAUAUGUUCGGUUGGCUCCUUACUUCUUGCUAUAUUUGGUGUGCAUACGCUAGCACGAGUGACUUCGAAUAAGCUUUCUGACUACUGUUUCAUGACAAUAUUUCGAUUUGUGGAUGUUUCUCUGCUGUUCUUUUCGGCUCAGCAACCCAUGAUCUUCCAAAAUAUCCUUCUUCGUUUCGAUUUGAUUCAGUGCGGCCCUCUACUUACUGCGCAAGAAAACGCUUUCUUUGUGUGUAACUUCGUCACUAUCUGCGAAAUGUUCGUGCUCUGUCUAUUAGCUACAUUUUUACUCGCUCCACGUCGAAACGCUAUGUUCGAUUCCUAUCGUCUCCUGAAGACGCCGUCGUCGUUGCGUGGAACGGAAGAAUCUGAUCUGGCCGAUCAUGACAUAUGCAUCGAUUUUGACUCGAAUCACAUUUGAGCUUUUACUGUUUCAAACAGCUUUCACUCAGGGUCUUCGUCGGCAACAAAGUUGUUUCAUUUGAAAUCAUUUCGGGUUUUGUAGUUGUUUCACCUUGUGCAGACUUUGUCUCCUCUUUUGAAUCAUUUUCUACUCCAAAUUUUUGCAAAAUUUUGACUGGUAACAGUAUGAAAACUUUAUUAUGUGAUUCAACUUUUGAAACUCUUGGCAGGUUCAAUCUCAUUUUGAAAACAUAAUAAGUAGGAUAUUACAUGAGUUGUCAUAUGAAAUGCAGUGCAAUAAACAUGUGUUCAGG